GUCGUGAAAGAGUGAAUCACUCGCAAGAAAGUGGGGCGUGUAGACGCACGCACUCUUACGGAAGCCCGUCUCCAUCGUCACGAACUAGACUCGUGGGUCCUUUUCUCGAUUCAUCUCUCUCUCUCUAUAGAUUUCACCGUCUCGUCUCUCUGGCCCUUCCUUUCCCCAGUUUCUCUCAGAGGAACCAACCAAACACACAGAUCUCUAAGUUCGUCUUCUCAGAUUCAACUUCGGCUUUUUGUUCGUCCAUCUCUCAUAAGAUAAAAAGUUUGUGUCUGAAAAAAAUCUGAAGAGCAAAUCACAUGGUGAUAUGAUUUGAAGAUUUUAAAGAUUCAUCUUUGGCGGCUCUGUAUUAUGGAGAAAGAUGAAGGAGAAAGCUGGAAAGAAAUGGUGAGAAAGAUGCUUCCUCCUGGGGUUCCUUUACCGGAAGAUCCAUCUGAAUUCGAUUACUCCAUAGCCAUGGAGUACACAGGUCCUACUCCUGUACACCAGAUCCCUAGAGUUUCACCUGUUGAUGUCAACAACCCCAUCCCAUUGCCUGUCUCUCGUAUAGCCGGAGGAGUCACCAGCUCUUCAGGUCAGAGCCCUACUAGAGGUUCACCUGCUAGCUCUGACUCUGUGGUCUCCGUCUUGCAUAACAACCCUGAAGAAUCAUCAUCCUCUGGCUCAGCUUCUGUUUCACCAGUCAGCCAAAACGGGACUCAGGUUCGCAGACCGGUUGUUAAAUUCAAACCUGUUGUCGUUGAUCAUGUUCGGAUGGAUAGCAAAGACGCUGCAGAGGAGGAGACGGAGAGGGAGAUGAAGGUACAUGAGUGCACAGCGAGUACGAAGAGACCGAGGAAGAAGAAGAAGAAGAAGAGAGAGUGUUAUAGAUGCGGAAAAGCGAAAUGGGAACAUAAGGAGACGUGUAUAGUGUGCGAUGAAAAGUACUGUGGGAACUGUGUGCUUAGAGCGAUGGGUUCGAUGCCCGAAGGAAGAAAAUGCGUGAGCUGCAUCGGUCAAGCUAUGGACGAAUCGAAACGGUCUAAGUUAGGGAAACAUUCGAAAGUGUUGUCUAGAUUGCUUAGUCCUUUGGAAGUUAAACAGAUCAUGAAGACGGAGAAGGAGUGUGCAGCUAAUCAGCUGCGACCCGAGCAGCUUAUCGUGAAUGGUUGUCCGUUAAAGCCUGAGGAAAUGGAUGAGCUGCUUAACUGUCCUUUACCUCCCGAGAAGUUGAAACCUGGUAGGUAUUGGUAUGACAAAGAGUCUGGUCUAUGGGGUAAAGAAGGAGAGAAGCCAGACAGAGUCAUAAGCUCGAAUUUGACCUUCAUGGGGAAGCUAUGUCCGCACGCGAGCAAUGGGAACACGCAAGUUUAUAUUAACGGUAGAGAGAUCACAAAGGUUGAACUAAGGAUCUUGAAGCUAGCAAAUGUACAGUGUCCACGUGAUACCCAUUUUUGGGUGUAUGAUGAUGGGCGUUACGAGGAAGAAGGGCAGAAUAAUAUUAGAGGAAACAUCUGGGAGAAGGCAUCUACGAGGUUAAUGUGUGCGUUGUUUUCUUUACCUGUACCUCACGGACAACCACGAGGAAUGGUACAACCACCGAGUAGUUAUGCUACUGUUCCCAACUAUCUAGAGCAUAAGAAGAUUCAGAAGCUUCUACUGCUUGGCAUCGAAGGCUCUGGAACCAGCACUAUCUUCAAACAGGCCAAGUUUUUGUAUGGAAACAAGUUUACAGUGGAGGAGCUUCAAGAUAUUAAGCUGAUGGUACAGAGCAAUAUGUAUAGAUAUCUCAGUAUCCUACUCGAUGGAAGAGAACGUUUUGAAGAGGAAGCUUUAUCUCAUAUGAGAGGUAUAAAUGCCAUUGAAGGAGCUUCAGGAGGAGAGGAAGCAGACGACGAUGGAACUAAUGCUACACCGCAGUGUGUGUAUACAUUGAACCCGAGGUUGAAGCAUUUCUCGGAUUGGCUUCUAGAUAUCAUAGCAACUGGUGAUCUCGACGCCUUCUUCCCAGCUGCAACACGUGAGUACGCUCCCUUGGUUGAAGAAGUUUGGAAAGAUCCAGCGAUACAAGCCACAUACAGACGGAAAGACGAGCUUCAUUUCCUUCCUGAGGUUUCAGAAUACUUCUUGAGCCGGGCCGUGGAAGUGUCGAGCAACGAGUACGAGCCUUCAGAGCGAGAUAUCGUAUACGCGGAAGGUGUUACACAGGGAAAUGGAUUAGCUUUCAUGGAGUUUUGUCUCAACGAACAGAGUCCAAUGUCUGAAUCUUACCCGGAGAACCCUGAUGAUGUCUUGUCACCUUCUCAGCCUAAGUACCAGCUGAUACGAGUAAACGCAAAGGGGAUGAACGAUAGCUGCAAAUGGGUAGAGAUGUUCGAAGACGUACGAGCAGUCAUCUUCUGCGUCAGCUUAAGCGACUACGAUCAGAUCAGUAUCGCACCUGGAACAGUUCAUUACCAGAACAAGAUGAUACAAAGCAAGGAGCUUUUCGAGUCGAUGGUUAAGCUUCCGUGUUUCAGAGACACGCCUUUUAUCUUGAUCUUGAACAAGUACGAUCUCUUCGAGGAGAAGCUAAGCCGCGUGCCGUUAACGUCUUGUGAUUGGUUCAGCGACUUCUGUCCCGUGAGGACGAACAACAAUGUGCAGUCGCUUGGUUACCAAGCUUACUUUUAUGUUGCCAUGAAGUUCAAGCUUCUUUACGCGUCUCUCACGGGUCAGAAGCUGUUUGUGUGGCAAGCUAGGGCUAGGGACCGAGCCAAUGUGGAUGAAGGGUUUAAGUAUGUGAGAGAGGUUUUGAAAUGGGAUGAAGAGAAGGAAGGGUGUUAUUUAAAUGGUGGAGAAGAUUCGUAUUAUAGUACUGAUAUGAGUUCUUCGCCGUAUGUUAGACCUGACGAGUGAAGGAGGAAACUCUUUAUUGAUUAUUAUUGGUUAUGUGUGAAGAAAGAAAUUUAUUUGUAAUUUUUUUCUGUUAGAUUUGGUUUUUGUUCGUAGAAAUCUUUUAUUUGAAUUAAAUAAGGUCUUGUAAAUAUCA